AUGUCACCAAAUAGGUUGCCACGGCGAGCAGACGACCUGCGUGGUUCAUCUCCCGGUGCUAGUGAUUUGAAUGUGAACGGUGAAACAAAGCCAGUAUCCAGUAAAGACAAUCGGAAAUUAUGUGUUAUGGAUCGUGUGACAAUGCUCAAUGACACAAGUGGAGUUAAGUCACGUGGUCGCACAUUAGACUUGUCCUCGACUGGGACCGCUUCAUCUAAGCCUGAUGUAUUGUCACGUCCUGAAAUCAAUGAAAAACUGGACCCAUCGACUGGGGAUUUCGGGAGCUCUAAACGAUCAGAUUCAGUAGACGAGGGAUUGGGCUUGGAUUUCGGAAGUUCCCUGUUGGAUGAGGUAUUCAAAUGUUUCAGUUUGAGUAGUUCGGCUGGUGUCGAAGACUCGGUCCCGGAUAUCAAACCAGAUCAGUAUGAAUCGACAGUUUCCUCUUCGCUGAGUAACACAACAGUCAAGACCACACUUCAGACUACUGUCACGGCUUUCACUGCCACCACUACAACGACGUCAAUGAGUGUUGCCUGUGAAAGCCUCUCCGUACCUGUCGAACAACCGGUAAAGGAAGCACUACGUGAUCCAUCGCCCGUACGAAAUGGCAGAACGGAUUCACCUAGUCCGAAAAGGUUCGGUUCGAAAAUUCUGACUGAUACGCAACCCGAAGUUACGUUCAAACCAAAAUAUGUGGACCUGUCUAUUAAACCGGACGAACCGACCGUAACCAAUCCCGAAUCGCCGACCCCAUCUGGCACCGCUCGAAUCUUGUCCCGAACAAGCACUCUAGGUCCCUCAUCCAUGUUCAGAUCCACCCGUGGCCGGGAUGAAACCGAUCAGGGUAGUGCGCGUCGUUCGCGCACUCGCACUCGCGAGCCGGUUGGUGCGAGUGAUGAUGAAGACCAGGGUGCUGACGGGGAUCGGUCCGGGUUUCGAUCUCGUUGGAAGCGAAGUACGUUUGGGAGUCUCUCUCGGCGCAGUCUGUCUGUGUCUAAAGUCUCCGGUCACUCUCGAGAUGCCUCUGGUCGAAAUGAGACCGAUCCGAGCGAUGGACUACGUUCCAGUAAACGACUGACCAUCAGCCGACCGGUGCUCAUCACGAAACCGAUCCUACCUGGUGACCCGUCCUUAGAUUCGUUAAACCUUGGUCAAUUACCAGCUACCAGUUCCUCAACGUUGACCUCCCUGGGCCCCGGAACGAUUGAUCGAACUAGUUUGCGCAGUUCAGUCAGUCGGGACAGUUCACUGACCAUCGUGUCCGCUGCGAAUGACUAUCCGCAUUCCGGG